AUGCAAGCGAAACGGGAUCGGAUUGAACGUACGCUGACCGAACAACUGCCGGACAGUGAAGGCUUCGAAUGGUGGCCAUUCAAGGCAAGUGCC